UGGAGAAUGAGCCACGAGGAGCAGAGCUCCACUUCCUCCUGCUACCGGAGAGAUUCAUACUGGAUUUAACUUCCGUCAAGUUAAACCUGGAUUGUGUUUCCUUUUAUGCACCUUUGUCUGCACAAAUGCUCCACCGUCGAUGACAGUGGAAAUGCUGGAAGGCCAACCUCUUUACAUCAUGGUUUCCUGAGCCGGUUUUCUGCCAACACUUCACAGGGAUUAUUACCACUCUGGGCCAUGUCUGAGCUGCUUCCCAACACCAGCAUUCCCGUGGGCACCGCAGCUCUUCUGGUGACCUCUGACUGUCCGUUUAACCUGACUGCGACUGCGCAGACGGGACAUGGCUCGGGCCAGUCACUUCCACCCCUCUGCACCCUCUGCUGCUGUGGGAUGCUCAACCGUACCCUGGCUGUGGCGUUCAUGGUCAGCCUAGCGUUUGCUAUAGUGGUUGGGAAUGUGGUGACUCUGACAGUCUUUGUGCAAACCAGGCAGUCGAGAACACCACAAGGGUACUUGAAAGUGUCUCUGGCCAUAGCAGACAUGAUGGUGGGUGUUGUCGUGGUUCCUUUCUCUGUUUUCACUGAAAUCUCUCUGAUGAUGACCAGCGCUCCUCCCUUGUGGUACCAGGGCGGAACGUCGGCAUCCUUCAGUGACAUGGAGAGGCCCUGGCAGCCCUGCAUGCUGAUUGGUCCCGUGUUUGCGGGAUGCACCUUUGUCUCCAUCAGCACCAUCUUCCUGAUGACUCUGGAGCGCAGCGUGGCCAUCCUGUGGCCGCUCCACAAAGACGCGCUGGUGACCAGAAGACGAACAUUGCUCCUCAUCCUGCUGUCCUGGGCAGCCAGCUUCCUGCUGGCUCUCGCCCCUCUCAUCUUCAGCAGCAACUUUACUUUGGAGUACAAUGAGUGCAGUCGCAUGUGUAACUACGCCCCGCUGUUGUUCGGAGGCCGGCUCCCGCCUGAUGCCAACAUUUUGCUGCUGUUCCCAGCAUUCGACUUCACACUUCUGGGUGGAACUUUUGCAGUUAACGUUGUGUCCUUCACAAGCAUUCGCCGAUACACCCAAAAACGUAAACUGCUCUCAGUGGGGAGUCUGAGUGACGGAGGGGGAGGAGGAGGAUGCUCCCACAGACCAUCAUUCUCAGACAUUAAGGCUGCAAAGACAAUCGGCAUACUGACAUUUGCUUUCACAGCAUCCUUCUCUCCCAUCGCAGUGUUUGUGCUGGGAAAUGUGGUGGGAUACACGUGGUGCAACUUUUCUUUUCUGGCCUUCUGGAUUCUGACAGGAAACAGCUGCUGUAAUGUCAUCAUCUACAGUGUGAGGGACCACCGCUUCAGGAAGGGUGUGACCCUGCUUUUUCAAAGAGAGCAGUCCCCUCCCCACGGUGAGAAGACCUGAGGACCAUGUUCAUCUCUUUUGUUUUAGCGAACAGAUUUUUUGUGGCUCUGGACCAAAAUAUAAAAUGGUUGCAAUUAUUUUAUCCAAAUGAGGAUCAAUGUGCAGAGUCAGAGCUUUGCAGAGGGGAGAAAAUGUGGAAACUGUCCAUGUUUUUUCCAGAUCUACUUUGAUCUAGGCAAUCAUGCAGGUUGGGAGCUUUUACCACAAAGACACGGUUUCAAGUCCAGUUGCAAACAAAUCCAGCUGAAUCAACCACAGGUCAACGUUUCAGAGUUGUGUGAAUGUUUCAAGUUGCAGUAACAUUUACUCCGCUGAGAAUGUAGUGAAAUUAAAAAGAUCAUAAUUUUCAGUUGCAAGUCAGAGUCGAAGACGCCAUGAUUUUAACUUUCAGACACAUUCAAAGAUUGUAAGAAUGCCGUUCUGUGGUAAUGAUAAAUUGCUAUUAUUUCAGAGGAAAUGACACAUUUCUUCCUCUGAUUGUGAUCUCAGUCUAUCCAUAAACUAAAGGUGAGUUACCAUAAGGUCAUAAUCAGUGACCUGAUUCAAUAAUCAGGUCACUGAUUGACCACUGGAUCACAGCUUUGAAAGCAGGAGAAAAAAUUAUUUGCAGUGAAUUAUUUGUUGUUCGUUUGCACUGCCUGGCAAAGACAUUACCACAGUUUGAAGUUUUCUGUUUUGUCAUGCUAAAACCUCAACACCAACAUAAUUCUGUUCAUCUCAAACAUUUUGAUUAAAAAAAAAAUCAAAAUAAUGUGCUUUUGUCUUUGUUUUGAAAACUCCUAAGUACAAACAAGCACAGUCAGAAGUUGCCUAAUUCUUAAAUAUAAUCAACCUAUGUAUAAUUUAACAUCUGUUUAAAACCAGGACUGCAUCCAUAAAAACUAGACGGGUUAAUUAUAGAAUUGAAUUGACUUAAAAUGUAUUUGUUAGGUGGUGAUCUGAGAGGCAAAUGCUUGCUGUAACUGCUGCAUAAUAGAAAUACAUGAUAUCCAAUGAUUUUAAUGAAAUCCCAGACUGACUCAGUUACUUUUAAAUUUUAGUCAUCAUGGCUCUAUGAAAAACUAAUGAAGUCACUCUUGCUCUUUCUGUGGCUUUUAGUGAACUGUCUGUAAGGAUCUCAGAACAAAUCAAUUUGACUAAUUUACUUUAGGCUGAUUAUGUUAAACUGUUGUUUUCAUUCUGGAAACAGCUAAAAGCAGGAGUGAUUUAUUUUAGUGUUUUUCUGGGCUGGAGUGAGUCUCCUUUGAGUGAAAGAGGUCGGUAUCUCAAGUCUCAGUGAGAUGGAGCAGGAAAUGGUUUGACAUAUCAGAGCUUCAGCUGCAGUUCAGACUUUGAACUUCUCUAGUUAGACCAAACGGCUGACCUCACACUUUUUGGUGCAUCUGCAUUCAAGACAUCACCUGCAGUCAUUGGAUGUGAAUUAGAACUAAAAGAAUGAGGAGCCCGACAAAAGUGGCUGAAAUGAAUUUCAUUAAGUUGAAGGCAUGGCUCCACCUGAAACAUAAGGAGAGGAACUUCAUUGAACUGAAAAAGAAAUGCUGCUCCUCUUCAUCAACAAGAGCCAUCGAGCUCUGGAGAGAAUAGGGAGAAAAAUAGUUUUGUUUCCAUCCUAGAUCUGUUAUUUCUGAAAUCCAGCUUCGAAGGCAGCUGGUCAGUAUCAUUUGUUAUUUCACUCUAUGGUCAUUUAAAUUUUAUAUACAAAAAUUUGAUACAAAAUAAUUUCUCUAGAUCAUAACAUAAUUAGACUGCCUGAGAAUUUAGCAUUUUGUAUGAAUUUUACUUCCAGUUUUCAAACAUACUUCAGUAUAAAGAGUGAUAACUUAGCACUGUUGCCUCCCAGAAAGGGGGGGCUGCCAAAGGUUUUCUGUGUGGAGUUUGUGUUUUCUGGUUCAUGAAUGAAUAGAUUAUCUUCAUCCUACCACCGACAAACAUGCAUGUUAUGUUAAGUCAGUGCUUCUCAAUUCCAAUCCUCAGGCUCCCCUCCUAUGCAUGUUUUAGACGUGCCUCUAUUUUAGAGCAGCUGAUCCAAAUGACUGCAUGAACUUUUCUGCAGUCACCAAGAACUGCAGAUUCAAUCCAGGUGUGGCAGAAGGGGAACACCUAAAAAAUGCAGGACAGGGGUCUCUGAGGACUAGAACAUGUGCACGUGUGCAGGUGUGUGUGUGUGUGUGCGUGUACGUGUGGGGGUGUGUGUGUGGGUGUGUGUGCGUGUGUGUGCGUGCAUGUGGAUGGUUGUACCUCGCCUCGAGCACAUUGGCCACUAGAGACAUGCAAGUACCCCCGUACAGCCCUGCAUAAUACAAGUGGAUUUAGAAAAUGGAAGGAUGGAUGACAAAUGGGUAUGAAAUGGGGUACCAAAGGAUGAAGGGAGCACUAUGCUGCAUAAGUGGACAAAAAUGGAAGACUAAAUGAGAACCUGCUUCCACCUACCAUCUAUAUUUGUGCUUAUCAAACCAUUUCCUGGCUUUAUUCUCAUUUUUACAGUUAAAAAUAUGUUUCAUCCUUCUGCAGACAGGCUCGGUUCGGACGUUUUUCAGUCACUAAAAUCAACUAAAAGUAACUAAAAGCAAAAGUCAAGUUAUGCAUAUUUGACCACUAGACAGCUGAAAGGUUAAAACUAAACACAAAUACUGUAGAUGACAAGCAGGCAGGUCAAUGUCCUGAAUGAAAUUCAUGUCCUUACAGAUUUAUUAUUUAUUUUUCCACCUCUCAGGCCUUUCUCUGAUUUCAGAAAUUAACCUUGUAUUUAUUUUUGCUUGUGUGUGGACAUUAUGCAACUGCCUCUCAAACAAAGUUAAUGUUUAAAAAUGUUAAUUUGACCCUGCUGCGAUAACUGAAUUUUACUUUUGCAAUUAUCUGCCUCAGAAGUGCACUUUAUGAGCUCCUAUGUCAGCCAUUAGCAUUGUGCCAUGAGUUAGCAUCAUGCCAAACAGGUUUUAUUUACGUUUUUUUAUAUUGUUAAACCUUGUUUUCAUUGGGAUAAUAAAACAUUUUCGGUAUACUUCUGACUAUCUGAAUGGGUUACAUCACAGAUGUGUAGAGUAAGAGAUUAUUAUCAGAGCAGACCCUCGUACUGUGCAGCUUGUCUCUUCAGGGUAUGAUGUAUCUGUAACAUUAAGCGAUGUGUAUGAUGUCUUGUUUGUUGCUGUAUUGUAGAGUCUGACAAUAUGAUAAAAGGUAUA